AUGCUGAUUAAUGUUUCCAAAAUCCUUCAACAAAACAGCUCCCAUUAUUUUUCUUUAGAGGAAUUUACGAUGGAUAUAAAAAGGCCUCAUUCGCUAUAUUCAUUGCUUGUAAUUCACAUUUACUGAAAACUAGAAAUGAAAAAGUAUAGACCUCCAAUCCAAGCUGAGUACUUUCUUUCAGGAUUAAGUUUUAUUCUAUCAAAUCAUUAUCGAUGAUUGAGUAUUAUAUCAUUUAAUUAUUAUACAUUUAAAGUUGUUUUAUAA